UGUAUUGUAGUUUUACACAGCGAGCGAGUAUGGUUGCUUGCAGGGAAGAUUCCGCGAGAGUUACGCCUGGCAAAUCUCCUUUGUGUCACCUCCUCGCUGUUCUAACGCUUGAUACAGGUGCUAUCAGCGGGUGUUUGAUUUCUUUUUUUUUUACACACAUGCAACGAGGAAAUCUUGCGAGUUAGUCAAGCGUUACUCUUGUAUGUAGAAAUACAUUGUGAAAGAGAGGGAGAGAAAGAGGAAGAGAUUACAUUAAUAUUUUUGGUGAGAUCAUUUUGUUAUGAUGCAAUACUGAGUCAAGCAUGUUUCGAAGAAGAAGCUAGAUAAGAUGGAUAGAAAGGAUGAGAUAAACAGAUUCCUUACUGCAUAUUUCUUCUAAAUCAAUGAAUAUUUCAUUUUAUACAUUAUGAGUUGAGAUAGUCUGGAAUAUUUUGCCAGUAUCAGUUGCGUUUUGCUUAUAAAUAUAAAUGAAUACAAACUGAAAGAGACAGCAGAGUUGAAUACAUUGCCAAGAACUUUUCAGUCUCUGUGAUCUGUCGAUACAAGUUCACUAUUACUUUUUUUUUUUAAUUACAUCACUCAACUAUUUUCUUAUAUCAGUUCUGAUUACAUAUUCUGAUUAGAUUUUUUUUUACACCAAUGCCACUGCAUGAAGCUUGGUUUACUCGUGAGAGUUAGAACGUGUCCUGCGUUACUUUGAACAUUUCAUUCUUUCAUUCAUGUAUUGGCGCCAUUAGCAUUUCCUACUUUUAUAUAUAUACAUAUCUGUAAUAAGGACUUCCACGUUUUAUAUUGGUUUAAUGUUGUCCCGCGCGUUUUCUCUUCUUGUCGGCAACAUAACGAAUGGAUUCUGGCUAUUUGACAGAUUUGACGAAAUAAUAUGAAUACAAAAGAAAUAAACACACGUGUCAUUGCAGGAGAGGGAUAUAGAAUGGCAAUUAAGCAAUGUAAGUGCUAAGCAAGUAGAUUGUUAGUGUUGUGGUAAUAAAAAGUGUCGAGAGACAUUCCACAUGAUAUACUGUAAGAUAUCGAUAAGGUAAACGCGGUCGUGACUUAAUGGACGGUGCACACCAUGUCUAAUAGUCUGGACAGCUUUCUGACACGCAUCGGAGACGUCACAAUUGAACGCGUGACACCUCGCGGUGGCCCUAAGCCCGGCGAAACGAUCAUGACCAGUGAGACUGCGACCAGUGCGAACAUGAACACGGAACCGCAGGCGACUAACGACGAGAGCUCGGACGAGUCGAGCGGCGAGACGACGGACGGAGAACACGAGAAGAAACUCGACGCUUUGCAAUCGGAGGAGAUCGAAGAGAUACGCUCCGAGGGCUCGGGUGACGACAUGGAUCUCGACGAAACAAUCGAUUCACAGAUCGGUGUGAGGGUAGAGGCGGAGAGGCAGCAACACCAUCCGUCUCAGGAAGAGGAUGAUGAGGAGCCAGUUAAUAUCUUAGACACAUUACCGCUGGAAGGAGCGCCUAUCGAAGGUCAGGAAGUAUCCGAAGCUGACCUACUAGGGAAACCGAUAUUGAAAGACUCGGAAGAUGAAGAGAGCAUGGACAUCGACAAGGAUGGUCACUCCGGCGGGGAGGAUACGGACGGUAAGAGACAGGCGGAUUCUGAACAUUCCGACUCGACGAAGAAGAAGGCGAAGAAGGACGAUGGUGCCGAGGGCUCCACAUCGGAAUGCGAGUUGAAGGCGGAGAAGAAGCUGGCCAACAUGCGGCGAAACAUUCGCGAGGUGAUGGACGAGACACAGUUGGACGAGGCCACGCUGUCCGCUCAGCGGCAAGAGAUGGAGCGUUUGAGACGGGUGCAGGAGCAGCAGAGGAUCAUCCGCGAAGUGCAGCGGCAGAUAGCGAUCAAUCGUCAGAACAAUAAGUCGCAGACGCGCGUUAUCAGUCUUCUGCAGGGCAAGCAGAAUCAACUUGGUACGACGACGCUCUCGCAGUCCUCGUCCUCGUCGACGUCGUCUACGCAGGUCCGCCUGCCGAACACGGUGCUGCUGAAGGUGAACUCUGGCACCGGGAUCGGCGCGUCGCAGGCCGCUCAGGUCGGCAUGCAGCCGGGACAGCUGCAGAGAAGAUCGAUGGACGGGGUGCGUUGGCAGAAAGGUAGGGGCGGCUAUCAGAGCACGCAGACGUCGAUCUCGAGGGUGCCAAGUCGCUCGGGCGCUCCGAACAUGCUGCAGCAGAGGAUCCGCAUGAUGACGCCGUCUGUGAGCAUAUCGCCGGUGGUGCCUAAGAAGGAGCCGAUGGACCGUACGGAAUACUAUUCCGACUCCGAUAUGUCGGACAUAGAGACCGAGGAGACGAUGCGCGAGAAGCAGAUGCACGCUUCGCGGAAGCUGACCGGGCCCAAGUACCAGAAGCCGCCCAAGGGCAAGGACGUGGUGACGAUAUCCAGCUCGAGCGAGAGCUCGGACGACGAUUGCAUAGUUCUGAGCGAUCCCAGCGGCGAAGAGGAGACCGACAAUGAGGACGACCCGUCCAACUCCGGUAUGCACACCAACGACCGCUACAACAUUCCGGACGAGCACGGCAGGGUGCUGAUCAACGUCGGCCACCCCGACACCGAACCGGACGUCUUCCUGGCGCCGCAGGUGGCUCGUAUCAUCAAGCCGCAUCAGAUCGGCGGCAUUCGCUUCCUCUUUGACAACAUCGUCGAGAGCAUAGAACGGUACAAGACCAGCUCCGGCUUCGGCUGCAUCCUGGCCCACAGCAUGGGCCUGGGCAAGACCCUGCAGGUCGCCAGUUUCUGCGACGUUUUUUUUCGUUGCACCACCGCCAAGACCGUGCUCUGCAUCAUGCCCAUCAACACCCUGCAGAACUGGCUGGCGGAGUUCAACAUGUGGCUGCCGUAUGAGGAUCCCGCCACCACCGCCGAGAAGCAGUCUAAAGCGAUGAACGUGAAGAUGGAGCCCGGAAUGGACGUGAAGCACGAGGUGAAGGAGGAACAAUGCGGCAAUCAGAGCGACAUGUCCAACAUGUCCAACAUGUCCGGUAUGUCGCGGCCGAUCAGCACGGAAUCCGCUCACCGUUUCAGCCAGGAGCCGGCCGUCACGGCGCCACCGCCGCCGCAGCAACAGCCGAUGAACGUCAUGCCGACGGACACGCAUCCGUACACGCAUCACGUCUACGAACCGCGCGGCAUGAUGCCAGGCUACGGGAUGCCGGACGCCGCCGCUAUAAUGAACAAGAGCAUGAUGGAGCCGCACAUGCCGCCGAGUUAUCAUCAGGGCGAGAUGCCGCAGAGCUCGCUGUACAGCGCGGCUCCGAACCCUCUGCCCAAUCCUUUCCCGCCCGACCCGAUGAAGCCGCCGGACGUCAACUGUCAUGGCAUGCCGCCGAAGUAUGCCAUGGAGAAUCAAGCUACCGGCGUCAUGUAUGCCGGCGUUAUGGAGAGUCGGCCGCAGGCUCCCAUGUAUCCCGACAUGGAGAAUCGGAACCCCGUGGCGGCGAUGUAUCCGGGCAUGGGCGCUCAUCACCAUCCCGGCCCGAUGUAUCCGAGCUACAACAGCGUCUCCACCGGCACCUUCGCGAGCUACGGCAGCCAGACCAAUAAUCAGGAGCACUUGGAGCAAGAGUCGAAGAAAGAGAACAUGCACGGGCCGCCGCUACCUAGCGCGGAAGUGAACGUGAAGAAGGAACCGGAGGAGACGAUCAAGAAGGAAGAGGGCACGUCGACGGUGAAGGAGGAGAUGACGGAGGAGAAGAAAGAGGUAGUGGAGAAGGUGAAGACACCGUUCUGCGUGGACACUCCCGUCGGUAUGGAAAUGCGGCCGAGGCACUUCCGUCUGCACAUCCUCAACGACUCGCACAAAACCAUGGCGGCGCGGGCUAAGGUGAUACAGGAGUGGCAGGCGUUGGGCGGUGUGCUGCUGAUAGGCUACGAACUGUACAGGCAACUGUCCCUGAAGAAGCCGAACAAGGCGAAGCGAAAGCGCGGCCAGCCCUUCAAGGACACCGUCGACGUGGAGGAGGAAGACAAGAACAAGGGCCUGCUCGACGAGAUGCACUCGGCCCUGGUCAGCCCGGGACCGGACCUGGUGAUCUGCGACGAGGGCCACCGGAUCAAGAACUCUCACGCCAGCAUCAGCAUGGCGUUGAAGCAGAUGCGGACGAAACGUCGAAUCGUGCUGACCGGAUAUCCGCUGCAGAAUAAUCUGUUGGAAUACUGGUGCAUGGUGGACUUCGUGAGACCCAAUUACCUGGGUACCAAGAGCGAAUUCUGCAACAUGUUCGAGCGACCGAUUCAGAACGGACAAUGCAUCGACUCUACGCCGCAGGACAUACGCCUGAUGAGGUAUCGCGCUCACGUUCUGCACGCUCUGCUGGAGGGUUUCGUGCAGAGGCGAUCGCAUUCGGUGCUGCAGAUAUCCCUGCCGCGCAAAGAGGAGUACAUCCUCCUCGUUCGUAUGACGGCCCAUCAACGGCAGCUGUACGACACGUUCAUGAAUCAAGUGGUAAAGACACGCGCCGUGCCGAACCCGCUCAAAGCUUUCGCCGUGUGCUGCAAAAUCUGGAACCACCCGGACAUCCUAUACCAUUUCCUGCGCAAGCGGCAGGCGAACGAGGAGGACGACUUGGACCUCGAAGAGACGAUCGGGGAGAAGAGCGCGGGGGGUAGUAAGAGGUCGAAAGCGCGCCAGGCGAAGGGAGAAUCGAAGAAGAAUAAGAAGACGAGUACGACGAUCAAGAACAAGCCUGCGGCCAGCGUGCAGCCGAAUGCCUCCUCGUCGACCAGCGUCGACAGCGUCGAGCCGGAGAACGCUCACAGCGCUCCCAAGCAGAAUAAUUACACCAACUACCCAAUGCCGGUCUCCAAUUCCGGCUACUCCAACUCCAUGUCGCAGGGCUCGUAUCCCUCGCAUAGCUACCAGAGCUACCGGCCGAACGAACAGAACACGUACUACAGGAACGACAGUAAUCACGGGGAAUACAAUCACGGGGAGUUCUACAACAAUCCGGGCCAACAGAGGUACGGCAAUCAGCCGUUCCAGUCGUACGCUCAGACCUCAGGCUACAACGCGUCGCAGGGAUACGGCAAUCAGUCGCAGAACUACAUGCAGUCGAACGAGCAGUCCUCGAGUCACCCUCAGAGGUACACCGGCACGUCGACCGGCUCGGACUUCAGGUCGGAUCAGAGCCAGGGCGGCAACUACGAGGCGUCCGGUAUGUUCCCGCGGCAAGGCUAUCCUUAUCAGGAGCAGCAGCAGCAGCAGCGCAACUAUACGCCGAACUUGAAUCAAGGGCCUAGCAAUUACCCUCAAGUCCCGAGCCAGCCCUCCUUCCAGUCGCAGAUGCCGAGCCAGUCGGCGAACAUGCCGAUGUCGGACUACUCGUCGUACGGCGCGAGUCAGAAUCCAAAUUACACACCGACGCCGACACCUCAGGCCAACUCCCAGAUGUACCCUCGCAACGACGCUCAGUCGCUGCAGAGCUCGAUGGCCGGGUACCCAGCGUCUCAGCAGGGCCCAUCUCCAGCGGCGCAGUCUCAGACCACUGGUUACAUGCCACCGCCACAGCAGCAGCAAGGGCAGAAUCCGUCGCCGGGUCAGAAUCGGGGCUUCUCGCCGAGUCAGUCGAAUCAGAAUCUGGCGCUGCAGAGCCAGUCGCACUCGCCGUACACCGGCCAGCAGAGCCAGGGUGUGUCUCUUCAGGGCCAGUCGCACGGUUACGCGACGCAGGUGAACCCGAGCGCGCCGCAGGCUCCGCAUGCGUUCAACCAACAGCAGUCAGGCCCGAUGCCGCAGGCCCAGUCGCACGGUUACAUGCAGCCGAGCCAGUCGGGUCAAGGCUCCAUGCCGCAGGGUCCGAUGCGUGGCUACACUCCGGCGCCGCAGCCGAGUUACCCGGCCGCCAAUCAGCCCGCCGGUCAGAACGUCAACGCGCAGAAUCAGACGCACAGGUAUCCCGCGGAUCAGCAGGGUCCGCCGUCGAACCCGCAGAACGCGGUCCACGGCUACGGUCAUCAUAUAGCGCCCGCAGCCUCCAGUCAAGGGUCCCCGUAUCCUCAACAGAAUCAGCAAGGCCAGACGGCACCGCCAUCCAAUCAGGCUCAUCCGACUUACCCUUCGAGUCACCCGGGAACGGGCGCGAUGCCGCAGACUCCGCAGGCUCACCGUUACGGCGGCGCGGCGCAGCAGGUGAGCCAGAGCCAAUCGAUGACGUAUCCACCGAGCCAACAGCAAGCGAGUACCACGUCGCUGGGUCCGAACGAGCAGCUGUACUCCAGGCAGGACAGCGCGGUGUCGCAACAGACGCAGGGCUACACGCCGGCGGCGGGCGAAUUCUCGGGCGAUCGGCCAGGCGCGAACGCCAGCGGCGGCAACGCCGGCGGCAACUACACCGCUGCCGGUCAGGCCCAAACGCAGAACCCCGUUAUGCCGAAUUACCCGACGUCCGACGGAUCGUCGCAUCAGAACCCGGCGGUCGCCCAGAUGAAAGGUACCGACGAUCCGUAUUGGCAGCGCAAUUAUCCGCAGACGUUCAGGCCGGAUCAGCAGUGCAGCGACACGUAUUACCGCGAGCAGAUGAAUCCCGGCGUGAAUCGUUAUCAGAACAACUACUUCCCGCCGCAGAGCUACCCGAAUCAGUCGUACACCGAGUACGCGACGACCGGCUCCGCGGAUAUGAAUCAACGGCCGGACGAGUCGAAGGGGUCGCAGCAGGCCGCAGCUCAUCCGCCGAAUGUCGCGCCCUGCGACAAGAGCAGCAAAGACAUGACAUCCAGCAUCGGUGUGCAGAGCCAGCCGAUGCAUCAGAGCAAUCUCACCGGCACGCCCGGCUUCAACGCGGAACCGAGCCGCCAGACCUCGGCGACCCCGAUACCCAGGUCCGUGCAGACGAUCAAUUCGGCGCACAGUCCUCGCUUGAAUCAGAACGAUUUGUCAAAGGAGGACGAGAGGGAGAAGGAGGAGCAAUUGGAGAAGGAUAAGGAGGAGAAAUCUGACGACGAGAUUCUCACCAAGGACGAGGAGAAGGACUGCAAGAGUUCCCCUUGUAGCAAAGACGAUCCUGGAAUUCCGUAUGAUUGGGCGACAGAAUUGAUGAAGGGUUACGUACCCGGAUUGAUAGACGCUUCUGGAAAAAUGACACUCUUCUUCUGCAUCCUUGAGGAAGCUAUCAGACUGGGAGACCGUGUACUCGCAUUCUCGCAGUCGCUGUUCACAUUGAAUCUCAUAGAGGACUUCCUGGCGCGAAAUAGCUUAAAGUAUCCGGACGGACAGACCGACGCUUGGAUCAAGAACGUAAAUUAUUACAGGCUGGACGGUAGCACCAGUGCUUUGGAGCGAGAAAAACUGAUCAAUGAAUUCAACAGCAAUCCGAAGAUCCAUUUGUUUUUGGUCUCAACGCGGGCUGGCUCAUUAGGUAUCAAUCUUGUGGGCGCAAAUCGCGCGAUCGUAUUCGACGCUUCCUGGAACCCGUGCCACGACACACAAGCCGUGUGCAGGGUGUACAGGUACGGCCAGCAGAAGCCGUGUUUCGUUUACCGCUUAGUCACCGACAAUUGCCUGGAAAGGAAAAUAUACGACAGACAGAUCAGUAAGCAGGGCAUGGCGGAUCGUGUUGUCGAUCAGUGUAAUCCUGACGCGCAUCUUUCGUUGAAGGAAGCGACGACGUUAUCGUGGGAAUGGGAGGAGGAUAGCCAAGUGCAGGAUUUCUCGCAGACCAAGGAUAGUUAUUCGGAUGAAGUUAUGCAUUGUGUACUCGAACGUCAUUCUUCGUUGUUGACCAAACAACCGUUUCACCACGAGAGCUUGCUCGUAGAUCGGAAGGACAAGAAGCUCAGUCAAGCUGAAAAACGAUUGGCCCGUCGCGGCUACGAGCUUGAGAAAAUGGCAGCUAACUGCUCGAGGCCGAGUUACAACUAUGUUCCAGGAAACACAGCCACGCGAGCAGGUGGAUUACAAAUCAGAGCGAUUCGCGGUGGCGAUGGAAGUACCACACCUAAACCUGUCGCAUCUGUAAGACCUAUGCAACAACGAGGUGCUGAAGGAUUAGGCGCACGAGGUGUAACCGGAAGCAGAUGGAUUCCAGCGGAGGUGUGGCAGAGGCAAGGAAUGAGCGCGCAAGAGAUGACGCUACCUUUAGACGUUGUCAUUCCGACCAACUCCCCGGACAAAGGAAGCAUCGUUUUGAAGGCAGGCCAACGGGUAAUGGUGCUCAAGAGCCCGAAGGGUAUCUACAUGCAGCUCGAAUCUGGCAAGAUUAUAGCAAUUCGCACUGCGCUUAAAUUGAAUCAACAGAAGCGGGAAGAGGAGCCAAAGAAAGGCGUUUCCUCGAUGAUACAGAGGAAUUCGAAGCCCGAGGUUGGCUUCCCCUUGCGAAACAACUCUGCUAUUUCAAUAAUACCCAAAUCAUCCUCGAGUAAUCAAACCAGCGGCCGUCCUCUUAAUAAACCAUCACCUGGCCCGGGCUACAAACCGUUCGGCGACAAGGAGAUCUCCAAGAGACCUAAACCUGUCGCUACCGCGACUGCUAAACCUUAUAUGAAUCAUGUUAACAUAACUAAUCAGGUAUCUCUGUCAAGGUUACCCAAAGUCAAGCAAGAGCCAGUGGAUCAUUCCACGCUCGGGGAAAAUUCCAAUUCAUCCGACGGUCAAGUGAGAACCGAACAACGAGUCGAGGAAGUUAGAUUAGAGGACGUGGUGGCCGAAGUGAGCUCUAACACCGAGUACAGUCCCUCUAAUCACACGCGAACCACGAAUUCGGACACUGACACGUCCUUGCCGAAAUCUUCCGAGGAGGGUACUCAGGUUUACUCGUCCGACACCGUUUCGUUGGCGCAAGGUGUUCAAACGCAACACAACCAAGUAGAGCCGGAAUUACCGUCGACCGCUGAUAAGCAAUGUUCACCGCCGGAGAAAGAACCAUCCAAGCCGGACUCCGUGAUACCGAGCUACGGCAGAUCUUUCCACAGCCAGACGGAGAAGCGGGACGCACCCAACGACGAUAUCAUCAUUGAGGAACCGCCGCAAGUGACGCCGCAGGCGGUCACGCAGACGCACGUAACCACUCCAGGACCGAUGCCGUCUUUGUUGACGCCACAAGUGGUACCAUCGAGCAUGUCGGUACCGUCCAGUAUGCCGGUACCACCCAGUAUGCCGGUACCGUCCAGUAUGCCAGUACCAUCAAGCAUGCAGGUGCCGUCGAGUAUGUCGAUACCGUCGAGUAUGUCGAUACCGUCGAGUAUGUCGAUACCGUCGAGUAUGUCGAUACCAUCGAGUAUGUCGAUACCAUCGAGCAUCCCGGUGCCAACGAGUAUGCCGGUGCCAACGAGUAUGGCGGUGCCAACGAGUAUGCCAGUACCAACGAGUAUACCGGUGCCGACGAGCAUGCCGAUGCCGACGAGCAUGCCAGUGUCGACGAGCAUACCGGUGCCGACGAGCAUGCCGGUACCAACGAGUAUGCCGUUGCCGUCGAGCAUGCCGAUACCGUCCGCGCCUGUGAGAGGCCCGGAGCCACCUAAGAGUAUCGCCGACUCGCCCGUCAUUGCGUCAUCGGUCACCUCCGUGUGCACCAGCACUAAUAAUCUAACCUCCCCGAAGAGCGCCGAGCCGACGAGUAUGCGAGACAACAUGAUUCAGGGCGACCCGCCGAGCGUCCCUCAAGGAUAUCCCUACGCCCAAUACCCGAGAUACUACGACUACAGCGAUCCGCGUUCCCGCUCGCUGUCCAAUCCCUACGGCACUUAUUUCCCUGGCGUACCGCCGCACACGGCGAAUCCCAGCAGUCGACUGCCAGUAGACACGAAGCCUCCGCCGGACCUAGGAAAGCCUAUGGACGAGAGGAGUGUGAUGAACGUGCCUACCGCUUACUCUCAAGUAUCGAGCAUUACUGCCAAAACGCUGACGAGUAGCGCCACGGAGUCUAAGAGCACGGAGAACUCGGUGACGACUACCACGGCGACCUCGAGCAGGGAUGAGACCACGCAUAUACCCACUGCAUUUAGCCACCCCACCAGCACGCGUUACCCAGGCCCGUAUCCGCCGGGCCCGUACGACCCGUACUCCCAGCAUUAUCCACCGGCGCCUGGCUCUUCCGCGGCUUAUCCGCCAGCUGGAGCACCCGGAUAUCCGGCAUACGGUGGGCCAAGCUACAACACGGAUUACGCUCGCAUGUACUCGGCGUUUCACGGUCCGCCACCCCCGACGGAUCCCUACAUGCACAGAGGAUACGCCCCUCCCUCCUCGCAUCCUCCCAAUUAUUACCCGCCGUUCCCGCAUCCGCCGCCGCCGUAUCCCAACUAUUCCUUCCUGUCGCCGUAUCCGAAUCCCAACAUGUCCAGCGAGCCUCAACCACCCGCACAAUAGGGAAGUGAUGGGGUUAAAGGGUAAUCUUAAUGGUCGCGAAGCGAAAGAAGAGCCGUCGCGAAGACUCGGAGGCGGUUACCGUCGCGGUUCCGAAGCUUAAUAGACUGAAAGCUGUAAAACGCAUCGAUGUAAAUAUUUAGUCACAAAUAUUGAAAUAUUAAGAGAGAUUCGAUCGCGAGCGUGAACGCGAUCGUCGUCGUCAACAUUGAACCGUGCAAUUUGUUGAAAUGUUCAGAAUACUUUAAUCACUCGACUGUCAAAUGCGAUGUCCUUGCGAUGCGUUUGUUCACUAGUUAACUCCACCGUGGAACGUACCCGUUACGAAGCGGUACAAGUCACUCCUUUGUUUGAUCCUCCAGUCUCACGAGUCUCCUCGAUGACUUGGUGCGACAAGAGAUUCUUUUACGCGCGCUUAGGCUACGCUGCGAUUUAGAUUGAGAAGUACGUUUUCUCUUACCAAACACGCUACGACCGACUAAUUGCGUUCUACCCGUGACUUUUUCUACUUUUUGUACUUGCGCGAUGUCUUUUGCCCAGAUUAUUAUCACUUACAUGCCGCCGUGUCUCCGGCGCCGCUCACCGUAGCGAGUAACGGUAGUUUCUUUCACGUACGAAAUGAUAAGUUGCUGACUGCGUGUGACUGGCAAGAUUGAAUGAGGAGUAAAUUGUACCAUCCGAAUGAUCGAAGGGAGAGCAGCGCUGUAUACUAUCAUUUAGCUUCAAGCGUUUACACGUCACUCAGCUCAUUUUUAUAUAGUCCAUGUAGUGAAGAGGGGAAGGGUCAUUCUAGCGAAAUUCUCUAACAAUGAUCAACGAUCAUAGCCAAUGACGUGCGCGUCUUCAAUUCGUAAAUUCCGUACUUCAAGAGCCGGUAGUAGCAACAUGGCUAAGAAAAAAGUGUUUCGCACGGGACUGUGAAUUUGUUUUCUUCAGAGAUUUUAUCGCCACCACAGAUGACAACAGAGCAUUAAUUGGAAAUUCGUUCUUUUUCGAAAGAAUUAAGAGAUUAAGGAAAGAACAUCGGCGAUGUUAUUUUUCUAUUCAAACACGGUUGAUCGUUUCUCUUCGGAAAGAUUUUCGAUUUUUUUUUUUUUAGCUCAUGUUGCUGUGUCAAAGUCUUCAUCUGUAAACAAGAGACGUAGAAAGAAUUGCCAUAACAAGUUUUUAACAAUUCUAACGAAUUUGAAAUAAUUCGACUGAUUCCCCUCGGACGAUACAGGAAGAGUAAUGGAUACUUGCAAGCUGUAUAGACACCACACUGACAUUAUUGAUGCUAUACUAUAAAAUGCAGAUGUUCGUUGAAGUACCUACGUGCAUGAACUGUAUUAGAGUCUACUGUUCAAUGAGAUGCUUUCUUCUCUUCUACCAUAUGAUGUACUUUAUAUAUCAUAGCGAUAUAUUCGACUGUUAUGCCGUGACUCUUUGCGAUUCAACGGUUCCGCUCCGAGAACCGGUUCUCUCACAGCCUUGCGUUGUGUUGGAUUCUCUCUCUCUCUCUCUCUUCAUUUUCACUUACAGAAGUAUAAUCGAGUUUUUAUAUAAUUUGAUGAAAUGAAACCCAAGUCUGAAACAUUAAUUUUUUUUAUAGCUUCUCUUACAAACUCUGUUUUUAUAAUUCUGUUUUUUUUUUAGCCAUUUUAUUGAAAUCUCAACGAGAUCGCUCACAAGACGUGUCAACUUUAUUUCAAGAAAGGGCGAUUUCGGAAACGAAAGCGUUGCAUCGCGAGGAGUCACGUCGGUUUGCAUUAUACAUCACUCUUCCGUGAAUUUGAUUUUUAGAACGCGCAUCUCAUUGUCUCCUCUCCUUUUCUUGACGCGCCGAGGUCGACAUUCGCCGAACGACGGCGAUGAGUUCAAGUCGCGCGUCUCCUACGUGUCAUCUUGAACCUUUUUCCAUACCAUUUAAACACGCGUAAACAUACGUACAGUAUUCACCUGGAAACAUUUAGCAGCCAGUAAACACACAGUCUACAGCAUCCCUAGCGAGUUGUAUAUGGACUACGUAUUAUUAUUAAACGUUACGGUUUCCGAACUAGCUAAUCUUACUGAGUAGAGUGUAGGAUUGUUGUUAACUAGGAUGUCUUACGAUUAAAGAAAAAGAAAAAAAAAAUCAAGAAUCACACUAUCUCGGAACACGGUAGCAUAAACGGGAAGAAACGUAGGGAGAGCCAUGAUUUUCAGAGAGCGACUCUUCAGACUCGGAACUGUGAUAUUUUAUUAAUAAUCUCGUGUCGAAUUCGCACUGUACGCUCUUGUCCGGAAUCGAUGUCGCCUCCCGACCUUGGUUUCGCGGGGAACGCGAGGAAGUGGCGCCGGGAGAUCACCUCCGAGCCCCGCCCCUUCGCGACGCUCGGUCGAAAUUGUUGCAUUUACGUUAGUGUAAGUCAAUCGGGCACGAGAUGGCUAAUCCAUUUUUCCAAGUGGGACACAGAGGCGCGCACGGGUCUAUCAUGGUGCUCCCUGAAGAUAUUAUAGACCAGUGGUAUUCAACCCCUUCCUCCCCGGCGCUUCGUGACGCUAUUAAUCUUAUUUGGACCUUCCUUUGCUCUCUUUGAAAAGAUAUUUUUAUCGGCGUUACAUAUACACACACAGACACACUUACGCUCUCGCGUGUAUCAGUAGCGUUACGCUUCGGUAGUUCUCUCAUGAAGGAUUUUUAUAAGACUAUUUUGUACAUUUUUAAUAUACAUUUUUAUUGUGAAUAUAAUUUGAUAGAGGGCAGCGCCCCUCGCCGUGGAAAUUCUUUUCCGGAUCUUCGCGCGCACGCGCUUAUAUUUCUUCGACACACUUCACUUCCUGUCAGAGUAUUUUCUUACAAGCUUGUAUAUUCUCAGGAAUGUUUUCUCACGACUUAAUACUCUCUCUCGGAGCUACCCUGCUGCGGGUGAAGUUUGCAUAAAACCACCAUUCUAGAUGCGCAAAUGUUUUCUAAGAUUUUGUACUCGCGAUAACAAUAAUGCAUCUCGCGCACUUUUUGAAGGAAGCACGAGCGGCCAAGUUCUUUUCUUCUCUUUUAUUUUCCGAACGCGGGCGCGUUCCCGACGUGCAUUUCUUCCGAGGGUACUUCAGGUUGAAUACCUCUGCGAUAGACGAAUUACUCUAACUACGAGAUAAGCGUUCAUGCCAGAUAUAUUAUUAGUAUAUGUCUUCGCGGCGGGCCUCUGUCACCUAUUCGCCGCGAGAAACGGACGCGACGUCCCGUUUACUUUGGAAGACGCGUUGCGGUCACACGUUUCGUAGGUUCUAAGUGUACAGGUAUUACGUUAGCGCAACGUGCGAGUAAGCUGUGCAAUUCGAUUCGCGAACAGGCGACAGAAACGAGCCCGCCGUAAAAAAAAGGGGGAAUCGCGGGCGCGCAGAAUGAGAGCCGUUCGUUCUGAAAGUGAUACGAGUUCAAUUACGAAGCGAAGCAACGACGACAUUUACAAUCCCGCGCUCUUUUUUUUUUUUUUUUUUUNACACCGAGUGCGACUGUUUGUGAAUCAAUUUUAUUUAGUGUAAUCUCGACGUUACCAACAAUCGAGGAUUAUUAAAUGUACAGAUAAAUAAUCCACGUUGUUUUGUCGAUUUAAUCGUUUUAUAUAAUCGGAACGUGGUAAAACGAUUCAAUCGCCGAGGUAAUUACCGUCAUUUUUUUUUUUUUCAGCGCGUCCCCGCUUCUUUCAGGCGAAUUACUAAUUCCAGCUCGAUAGAAAAAUAUUGGUUUUUAUUGAUAUUACUAGACUUAGAUCUCUUUGUAAUUUGCCUGGAAUAUAGAGGAGAGUAUUGAAGCGUGAUGGGAAUUAUUUUGGUGAUUAAAUCGGUUCAGUAUGUCUUGAGUUGUUUCAUUGCAUGUUGAUAAUAAAUAGAACGAAUAGAAUGAAUUUUAUAAAAAUUUGUGGAUUAUUUGUACAUGUGAUAUAUAACCGCAUUUAGUGCUGGAAUGCGGCAAACUUCUACUCUCUGGUUUUCUUUGCGGACUCGGUGAAAUUCACGAUUUUGAUCAUACAUUGCAUAUUUGUAACUUUUUAGCGUUAUCACUCUUGUUGUCAGAUGUGAUUCAUGAAUAUUAAACUGUUACUGGACAUUCAAGAUUUGAUGAUAAAUACGACAAAAGUAAUGAAAAUAAUGUAACGACUAAAAAUGUCAGUUUAGGAUUUGAAUUGACAAAUUCGAAGUAUGAAUACGAAUUGGAUAAUGUAUAAAUAUGAAUAUGUGCGCUUUGAUCAGAUUUUCAGGAUUAACUUAUACGACUUUCAGAACGAAUAGUUCGCAUAUUUGCGGAGACAAUUAUUUCAUCUCUGUUAUAGCUUCUUUGCCAUUUACAUACUUGUAAAUACCCAUUAUUUACAUUUCAUUCUUUAUUUAUUAUUAUACAUUAGCCAUUAUUACUGCUUUUUUUUGAUGUCAGAAUAUUGCCAUUAUGUAAAAUAAAUUGUUUACACUGAUGAAAUUUGUCUUGAUCAUGUUUGUUAUUGUUGCGCAAAACGAGAACAAGAGAGAGGGAGGGAAGGAGAGAGAGAGAGAGAAAGAGAGAGAGAGAGAGAGAGAGAGAAAUGAGAAAGCCUAUAUAUACUUGUUUUUUACACAGUAUUCGUUUUAAAUGACCAAAAUUGUAUUUAACUCAUAGGUCCGUAUUUUCGGGAUACGUUCCCUUCGUCUGUACACAUUAAGAUGGCUAAAUAUAUGUUACACAUAGGCUGGGUUUAUUGAAAAGUUAUGAUAAAUUUGUCGUCAAAAGGAAAUAAUCGCGCUCGUGUCGCAAUCUUUUUCUGCGGUCUACAAGUUUCACGUUGUCAUUGUAAUUUUUCUAUAAACCGCGCUAUGGUGUACGAGACGAGAUAAAGUAAUAAUUCAAUAAUAAAAUAAAGGGUAUUCGAUAAAUUAAACGGACCUGUUUUUUUUGUUGUUGAAGCGAAUGACAAAAUUUAUAGCGUCGUUUCGUACGUAUAACUUAUGUAUUUUAUUUCGUGAUGUUUUAUCAUAAGCUAUUAAUGUAUGUGAUUUCCUUAAGCGAGCGAUUAAAAAUAUUUUAUAAAUAGGUACCUAUACGUAUGCUGAGCUAUAUUAGUUCAACUACAA